ACCGCACACGCCCUGGGGCACCAUGCUCCCACGGGCGUAUUCAACAUCAAUCGUGAUUGGAGAACGAGUUGUGACUUUGUUUCCAUUUCCUAGACAACAGUUAGGGGGAUUUGAGAUUCAUCGUGGGUAUAUGAUGAAACCCCCCAGGGUGGCUUCAAUCCCGACGUUUGAGAGGUGAGUCGAUGAGAAAUUUUGUUUCUCCGUCUAGGGGUCAAAUGGUUCUUAUAUAAACCCACGCAUCGACUGGCCGAAGGCGAGUGACUCGUUCUGUAUCAAAGUCUGUCAAAGCACAAGAAGUAAUCACAUUCUUAUCCUCGCCACAAACAUCUACUUGACCCAUCCAAAGCCAUAUUUGCUCGUAUCAGAAAUACAUCAUAUCAACCUACCACCACCAAACGAGCCAAACAUUCCCUACGAAUCCAUCAACAUGCUCUACGCAGGAUACUACAACCUCACCCAAGCUGAGAAGAAUAGCUCGGCUACUUCGUCCCGUCGGAUCUCCCAAGAAUCCACCUCCAGCCACUCGUCCAAGACAUCGCAAAAGAUCAAGUCCUCCAUCAAGAACGCCCUCGAUCAGCUUCGACCAACCACUGAGACAUUGACGCCGGCGGGCAUCUACUCGCCCGUCAUCAAGCAAGGCUCGCUGUUUAGCCGCAAGCAUAGCCCGGCUGAGGUCAGAGUCGAGACGCCAAAAGCAUAGACACGCCAUAACAGCAACGAAUCUCCUUACUUUGAUUAAGACUACAACAACUGGCAUGACCAAUACAUGAUAGGAUUUAUGAGGAUAGCAUCGUCGGCUGAUUGGGCCAGCGUCCUUGCAAUUUUUGCGAGCAGGAGGAGGAAGGAAAUGGCAUAGCAUAUAACAUAGCCUGAGCCGGAGAGCUGAAGGAGGAUACUUAUAGUACACCGCUUUAAUGCCUAACAGUUUCCUCUCUUG